CAGUUACCCGGAUAUAGAUCGGAUAUAUAUUAAGGACAAUCGAAGGCGGGGGUUGUAGUUCAAACCAACAGUCGCUACUCGGUUGAAAGAUACUCGAGUUUGUGCUGCAGCUUCAGAAAUUAUUUGUGGAUUUUAAAUAUGGCUGGAGGUAAGGCAGGUAAAGACUCCGGGAAGACCAAGACGAAGGCUAUUUCGCGCUCGCAGAGAGCAGGACUGCAGUUCCCAGUGGGUCGUAUCCACAGACACCUCAAGUCCAGAACCACCAGCCACGGUAGAGUGGGAGCCACCGCAGCGGUGUACAGCGCGGCUAUUCUCGAAUACCUCACGGCCGAGGUUCUGGAGUUGGCAGGAAAUGCAUCAAAGGAUCUUAAGGUGAAGCGUAUAACCCCACGCCACUUGCAGCUGGCCAUUAGAGGAGAUGAAGAGCUGGAUUCACUUAUCAAGGCCACUAUUGCUGGUGGAGGUGUGAUCCCUCACAUCCACAAGUCUCUGAUUGGAAAGAAGGGCCAGCAGAAGACCGUAUAACCUGAAGUGCUCUGGAAAGGCGUGCCAUCUCAGGACGAAGUCUGCAUCAAGUGGUUAAAUGUCUUAGAUUAGAACACCGUUAGGAGUUAUUUGUAUGGUUGAGCUUGCAUUUACUCACCUGGGGUAUUUUUUUAAAAGUGGCUUCAGAGAAGCUCAUUUUUUGUGUUCUGGCUGUGUUUUUUUUUUUGUGUUUUUUUUUGUCCUGGUGCUGCAGUUUUUGUGUUGAAACCUGCUUUUGUGGCAUUCCCAUGUUCAAAGUGGUGUUUUAAUAAAGCUCUUAUUGGGCAUUUGCAGUUUGUUCUUUAAGUUCUUGCAUUUUUAUGGGCUUGUUUCUGUUAUCAUUUCUACACUUGUAGGUGUUGUGUUGGCUUCUCCAGUGUGGAUGGUGUACAUGUGGUGUUAGGCUUUAGUGGUCUUAACCUUCCCAGUUUUGAAAGAAUCCACCAUGAUCAACAAAACGAAGAACAAGCACAGCCUGCGAGUGGAAAGAACCAUGCCAUGCUUAGCACGCACCAUUAGUACAGCCAUGUGUAGUUGCAUGUAUUGCAAAGCAUGUUUUACAUCCGUUUACCACUGGACUGACAUGAACUGGGAAAACCCCUGUAGUCAUUUUUGGAUUCCUGAAUAAAGACUGGACUGGCACAGUCAUAAUGUUUUGCA